AUGGCCAAGCUGGUGGAAUGUGUCCCCAACUUCUCAGAGGGGAAUAACAAAGAGGUGAUCGAUGCAGUGGCACAGGCCAUCUCCCAGACACCGGGAUGUGUGCUGCUGGAUGUGGAUGCUGGUGCCUCCACCAACCGCACCGUCUACACCUUUGUGGGAUCCCCUGAGGCUGUAGUGGAAGGGGCACUGAGCGCGGCCCGUGUGGCUGGGCAGCUCAUUGACAUGAGCCGACACUCAGGUGAGCACCCUCGGAUGGGGGCCUUGGAUGUCUGCCCCUUUGUACCAGUGAGGAACGUCAGCAUGGAGGAGUGUGUCACCUGCGCCCACAUCUUCGGGCAGCGCUUGGCAGCAGAGCUGGGUGUGCCUGUUUACCUGUAUGGAGCGGCGGCACGGGAUGAGAGUAGGAAAGCCCUGCCCUCCAUCCGUGCUGGGGAGUACGAGGCGCUCCCUGAGAAGCUUAAAAAACCAGAGUGGGCUCCUGAUUUUGGGGCCCCAACUUUUGUCCCCCGGUGGGGGGCCACAGUGACGGGUGCUCGGACCUUCCUUAUUGCGUACAACAUCAACCUACUGUGCACCAAGGAGCUGGCUCACCGCAUCGCCCUCAACAUCCGUGAGCAGGGACGUGGCCCUGACCAGCCCGGGCGCUUGAAGAAGGUGCAGGGCAUUGGCUGGUAUUUGGAGGAGGAGAACAUGGCCCAAGUUUCAACGAACCUGCUGGACUUUGAGACCACGCCGCUCCACACCGUCUACGAGGAGAUCUGCCGAGAUGCGCAGGAAUUGAAUCUCCCUGUGGUGGGGUCUCAGCUGGUGGGGCUCGUUCCCAAGAAGGCUAUUUUGGACGCAGCCGAGUUUUACAUCAAGAAGGAAAAACUUUUCAUCCUGGAGGAGGAACAGAAGAUCAGGCUGGUGGUGAACCGACUGGGCCUGGACUCCCUAUCUCCAUUUCACCCCCGGGAACGCAUCAUUGAGUACUUGGUGGAGGCAGGAGAGGUGGAUGGAGGGCUGGUGGCCAAGCCACUGGGUGCCUUUGUGCGAGCAGUUGGAGCGAGAUCGGCAGCGCCGGGAGGAGGCUCCGUAUCUGCAGCUGCGGGAGCCCUGGGAGCAGCGCUGGGCAGCAUGGUGGGGCUGAUGAGCUACGGGAAGCGGCAGUUUGAGGACCUGGACCCCAUCAUGAGGAAGCUGAUCCCCCCUUUCCACCAGGCCAUGGAGGAGCUGGUGGCAAUGGUGGAUGCCGACUCCCGUGCCUUCAGCAGCUACAUGGAAGCCAUGAAGCUGCCCAAGAACACCCCUGAGGAGCGGGAGAGGCGCACGGCUGCCAUGCAGCAGGGGCUGAAGACAGCCGUGGGGGUCCCCUGUGGCCUGGCAGAGAAGGUGAGCAGGCUCUGGCCUGCUCUGAAGGAGCUGGCACGACACUGCAACCUGGCCUGCAAAUCUGACAUUCAGGUGGCAGCUAAAAUGCUGGAAGCGGCGGUGUUCGGAGCCUACUUCAAUGUCAUGAUCAACCUCAGGGACAUCGCGGAUGACGAGUUCAAGCGUGUGAUGUCACAGAAGGUCUCCGGGCUGCUGGAAGAGGCGAAGCAAGGCUCGGCAGUUGUGCUGGCACUGCUGGACAAGCGAGCGGCCUGA